CGUCUGCCUCCUCGCUGGGGCCCGACAUUUCCCUCGGAUCGCCGCCCACGCCACGCGCGGUCGGCGGCGCCUGCACGCCGCGACACAGGGUCUUCUUCCUUAAGACUCACAAGUGUGGCUCCUCGACUUUGCAGCAUUUAUUCCUGAGAUACGGAAAGAAGCACAACCUCAGCUUCGCCCUACCAGCGUCCGGCAACUACCUGGGAAGCCCUGGCCUGUUUUCGCCGAGCAUGAUACCGCCGAGACUCAGAACACAGGACGGGCGCUUCGACAUGUUCCUUGUGCACACUCGUUUCCAUCAAGGAAAUGCAGAGAAGGUGAUGCGCGAGGGGGCAGCGUGGGUGACGAUGCUUCGUGAACCUGCGUCGCAUUUUCAGUCGUUGUGGAACUUCUAUGGUCUUCGAAAGCAUCUGAACAUGAAUCUGAGCGAGUUGCUGGAGCUUCCGUACGCGAAGGCCAACGACAAGAGACGACUGAAUAAAUUUGGGCUCAAUAUGCAGAUGUUCGACCUCGGCUUCGACCCUACCCAAGAGCCCUCCGAGGACGACCUUCGCGCUGAGUUCGACAGGCUGAACCGACGCUUUGACCUGGUGAUGAUUCUGGAGAGGUUCCAGGAGUCGCUCGUCCUCCUGAAGCACCUGCUGUGCUGGACCACGGACGACGUCGCCUACCUCAAGAUCAACGCGCUGGGCAGCCGCGCGAAGUACAAUUUCACGGCCGAGGACAAGGCUAGGGUACGGGCACUGAGCACACACGACAUGGCACUUUAUGACUACUUUUCAAAACGAUUCGACGAGAAGGUAAGGCAAUUCGGGAAAACUAAGAUGAAGUGGGAACUUGAACAGCUUCAGAAAGCUAACGAUUUCUUACAACGAAAAUGUUUCGGAAUAUCAGAGCUAAAGGAUGCAAAAGUCCUUUCACUUUGUAAAGACUUGAAAGCCAGGGAAAAGUCUUUCCUGAAUAAUAUGAGGAGACGGCAGUUGCGAGAGAUCCAGAAAGGUUUGCUGUAGCAUCAGCACGCGCUGCUGCUUAAGCUGUUUUUUUGUUUUGUUUUGUUUUGUUUUAUUUUGUGUGUUUGUCAUAAAAACACAUAUUUAAACCAGGCGUAAAUAUUC